AUGGACAACAGGAUUCGAAUACUCCCCGGUGGCGCGCAGCCUACUUCUUCAGUCAGCCCGUUCGCAGUCACAGAUGUUGAGCAAGGGAUCAUUGAGCUGCGGGCCGGGAAUAAACAGAUCCCCGCCGGGAGCCAGGCGAGGGAGCUCCAGGUGACCGGGACGGCGGAGGUUAGCUGCUUGGCUGACAGAGCAUCUGUGCAACUCAGGAUGGGCAACAGCAAAGCGAGCGUCAACGAGGUCACCAGCAGCGUGUCACGCCGGCUGGAAUACAUUUUGCAAGCUGUCAGGCAACAUGGAGUCAACGAAGACGACAUCGCUGUGAGAAAAUUCCUCCACCGGGAUGAAGAUGUGUAUCACAUGAAUGCAGAAGUGACUGUCACGUUCUCCGACUUUGACAAAAUGGAGCAGGCAUGCAGCAUCCUGCUAGAGAAACUGGACAGGAGCGUCUCAGUGGGACAGCCUCGAUUUUUCCACAGCGCCGAAUGCUUGAACCGUGUCAGGCAGAGUGCGUGCGUUACGGCGGUGGAGAACGCUCAGCAGAAGGCCAUCAGAGUUAGCCAGCUAUUGGGACAAAGUCUGGGGGCGCCCACCCUGGUGCGAGAAGAGGAAACGAGAGAGUGGAGGAGUCAGGACGAUGAUGAUGGUGGAGGUCAAAGGCAGGGCCAAGAGGUUGCCUCCACCCAGGCCGCCCCUCUUCCCUGCAUACCUGCCGUCACCGCCUCCUCGCGGGUGUCCGUCUACUUCCGAAUGCGUGAUGGAUAUAGGAAGAAAUACUAA